GGCUAGCCAGCUACCAUGGGGAACAUUUUUGGCAACCUUCUAAAGAGUCUUAUAGGGAAAAAAGAGAUGCGGAUUUUGAUGGUCGGCCUGGAUGCAGCUGGGAAAACCACAAUCCUGUACAAACUGAAGCUUGGAGAGAUAGUCACAACGAUUCCCACCAUCGGGUUUAAUGUGGAGACCGUGGAGUACAAGAACAUCAGUUUCACAGUGUGGGAUGUCGGUGGUCAGGACAAAAUCAGGCCUUUGUGGCGACACUACUUUCAGAACACACAGGGCCUGAUAUUCGUGGUGGACAGUAAUGACCGAGAGAGGGUGAACGAGGCCAGAGAAGAGCUGAUGAGGAUGCUAGCUGAAGAUGAACUGAGAGAUGCAGUGCUGCUGGUGUUUGCCAACAAGCAGGAUCUGCCGAACGCCAUGAACGCAGCAGAGAUCACUGACAAGCUGGGCCUUCACUCACUCCGUCACCGUAACUGGUACAUCCAGGCCACUUGCGCCACUAGCGGUGAUGGCCUUUACGAAGGCCUCGACUGGCUGGCCAACCAGCUCAAGAACAAGAAGUGA